GAGCAACAAGGGGGAAGACAGUGAGUGAGUGGCGGCGGGAGUGAAGCCGAGAGAGGGACGGUACCGAGGCGGAGACGGAGGGCGGUCUGUGAGGCGCUCCAGUGUGGUUCGGGUGGUGAGAUGGGCUGGAAGGCUGUGACAAGAAAUGGUGCGACGCUGGGACGCGUGGUGGUGGCGGUGGUGGCGGCGGUCAUCACGCACCUUCACACCACCUCGGGCACUGUGCUUUCCAAUUCCCGGCCUCUGCGUGGUGCCCUGCUGGAUAUCGGCGGCCCGGAACUCGUGCAGCAGGCGCCUCUGGUCGGCGAUGUGUUGGUGCAGACUCUAGGGGCACCAGCAGGGGCACCCGCUUCCUUCGCAGCACCAGUCCCUUUCUCAGCUGCCGGAUUCGCAGCAGGGCAGCAGGACCGCGUACCGCAAGCCGGCGACUACGAGGCUGCGUUACAGGCCGGGUCACUGAUAGCGCAGCAGAUGCUACAGGAGGAGCAGGCGCCAGUCCCCGUUGCCGCAUUUGACAGUGGUCUGAGAGGUUUCGCUGCCGCGGGACCUGGGGUGGGUGGCGGCGCGGCGGGAGCCAGUAGGUUAGGGCUGCUUCACUUCACCUUCAGGAAAACUCAGCCCGUCGCCAAGGGUAUCUCCUCCUGCAGGGGUGUGACGCUGCUCGAGGCGUCUAAGUACUACGUCGACACGUUCAACAUCAGCGUGGCACGAGCCCAAGAGUCCCUGGAGCAGCUCAAUGCCCAGGAGGACGUGAACACCUGCAGGAGUACGGUGGUGCCCCAGUGUCAGGUGGGUGGAGGCCCCCUCGCGGCGGCCUUCUCUGGGGAGCCUCGGGGACUAAAUGAUCCCUCCCAGCCCCGUACCCCUGUGUGUGACCCCUUCGCUCCCUACAGAACUGCUGACGGUACCUGCAAUAACUUGAACAAUCCUCUGUGGGGGUCUGCCAGGAUCCCCUUCGUCAGGUACCUCUCCCCUGCCUACGAGGACGGUGUGGACGAGAUGCGGGGAGAGGGCAGGCUGCCGGGGAUGGAGCUGCCGUCGCCUCGUAUUGUGAGUGUGUCGCUGAACAGUCUGGGGUCGCUGCCAGGGGGAACCACCAAGCCGCGCCCCUCGCUCCUCCUGAUGCAGUGGGGGCAGUUUCUCGACCACGACCUGGUGCACACCCCUGAGGCUACCAGAGUUGAGAACGGGGACACGGUGCCCAUCACCUGCUGUGAGGACGGCGUGACAGAGGUCAGCCCCAACGAUCCGGGGAACGACUGCCGCCCUAUUGACGUGUCCCAGGACCCGCUCUCCACCGCCCAGGGCCGCACGUGCAUGAGAUUCGUCAGGUCCUUGGUGGCUAGCAGAGAGUGUCUUGUGGGUCCUCGUGAGCAGAUGAACCAGGUGACGUCAUACAUAGACGGUUCAGGUGUCUACAGCUCCUCGGACACCGCGGCCCUGGAGCUGAGGACACGAGUGGGCGGCCUGCUGGACGACUCCGCGAACCCUCUGCCCAGGGAGGGAGCGAGGCCCUUCCUUCCCAAAGAGGAGUGCCAGCAUUCCACGGCGAGCGUGUGUUAUAUUGCAGGAGACGAGCGAGUGAACGAGCAGCCGGCCCUCACCUCCAUGCACACGCUGUGGCUCCGGGUGCACCAGAUGACGGCGUCCAAACUAGCGGCGAUCAACCCUCACUGGGACGACGAGACGCUCUACCAGGAGACUCGUAGGAUCGUGGGGGCGCUCCUGCAGCAGAUCACCUACAACGAGUUUCUCCCUGUGGUGCUUGGGGAUGAUCAGGUGCGACGCUACAACCUCCUCUCCGCCCCUGGACACGACCUCACCUAUGACAGCACAGUGGACGCCUCUGUAGCCAACUCCUUCGCCACCGCCGCCUUCAGGUUCGGACAUUCCCUCGUGAAGGACAUCCUGCAGGGGUCUCAGGGUCGUGAAGCGCCCCUGGUCGGCAGUUUCAUGGAUCCCCACGUGCUGAGGGAGCCAGACACGGGGCCUUCUGACCUGCUGGGGGGCGAGGCGGGCACUGAUGCUGACCCUAUUGACGCCUUCCUGGUCAAUUCGCUGACCCAUCUCCUCUUCGCCAACCAAGGAGACGCUCUUGGCUUCGACCUGAUGGCUUUCAAUAUACAGCGCGGGCGUGACCACGGGCUGCCUGCCUACGUCACGUGGCGGCAGGCGUGUGGCCUCAGCGUGCCCUCAUCCUUCGGGGGCCUCGCUGCCAUCAUGCCCGCGCCCUACAUUGAUGUAUUCGCUUCCACCUACAGGUUUGUGGAGGACAUAGACCUGUUCCCCGCGGGCCUGGCGGAGAACCCAGCCCCCGGUAGCCUGCUAGGACCCACCUUCUCUUGCCUCCUGACGCAGCAGUUCUUCAACGUCAAACACGGCGAUAGAUAUUGGUACCAGAACCCCAACCAGCCCCGCCCCUUCACACCAGAGCAGCUGGACAGUCUGGGUAGGGUGACGCUGGCCGGCAUCAUGUGUAGCCACCUGCGCCUCACACACCUGCAGCCACACGUGUUCCUCGCCGCCUCCUACACUGAAAAUCCAAUCCUUCCAUGCUCGCAGUACAACCAACUAGAUUUUAGCGCCUGGAGGGACACAACCACGCCCACCCCAGGCCCCAUCACCCCAGGCCCCAUCACCCCAGGCCCCAUCACCCCAGGCCCCAUCACCCCAGGCCCCAUCACCCCAGGCCCCAUCACCCCAGGCCCCAUCACCCCAGGCCCCAUCACUCCAGGACCAAUUCCCACUCCCUUCCCCAGCCCCGUGGAGUGCAUGGCCGUGGGCAUCUGGGCGGUGCUGCCGGGGAUGAACGAAUGGUGCUUCCUCAACUGUCUGCACCACCCCUCCUACUGCCCCCCCUCCCACUGCAUCUGCCACCCCCGUCCCUCCUUCUCCAACCAGACGCCCUUCGUUCAGCAACAGUCCACCUACGGCUAGUCACCACACGGCGUCGUUCCCCCGCCAUCAUCAUCAUCAGCAGCAGCAGCAGCAGCAGCCUCCAUCGUUCAUCACCACUAUAACCGUUGCCAUUGUUAGGUCAUCGUAUUCAUAAUGACUUGCUCUAUUUGGUUCUUUUUAAUGGGUUUGUUCCUUCUGGGUAUUUUGAUUUUUGUUCGGGGUUUCGUAUAUCAGAUUUCUGUAGUAAUUUUCAGUGUUCUUAAUAAAAGAGCCUAAGAGACUCAUUUUCUUGGUUCUUUUUAAUUUUUCUUGGUUUUCUUUUUUGUGUUCUUAAUAAAGGGGCCAAAGAGACUCAUUUUCUUGGUUCUUUAUAAUUUUUCUUGGUUUUUCCUUUAGGCGUUUUCAGUUUAAGGAGCGUCCAUUACUAGUGUAAGAAUUUUUUUUGUUUACUUCCUCUUCGUCUCUCAAAUCUCUUAGAAAUUUGAAAGGUACGUUAUAUUGUAUCGCCAGCUUUAUCCCGUGUCCAGUUCUGUGGCUCCUAACAAUCCAUUAUGGGUUCGAGAAGUAUAAUCUAUUACUCUUAUAUUCUUAUUACUAUUACUCUCAUUCUUGUUACUAUUAUUACUUUUUUUUAUAUCUUUACUUUUAUAUUCUUGUCACUAUUACUCAUAUUCUUGUCUCUUACUUUUUCAUAUUCUUGUCACUAUUACUCAUAUUCUUGUCUCUAUUACUUUUUCAUAUUCUUGUCACUAUUACUCAUAUUCUUGUCUCUUACUUUUUCAUAUCUACCUUGUAACAGAAUUCGCUUUGGGUGAGGGAAGUCUAAUGGAUUACUCUUCAGUUUUGUUGUGGCUUGGCUUGGUAAACUCCAGGGUUGUGUGUACAGGACUGUGUAAAGACGUAACGAUCACCUGGUGUAAAUAUUUAAUUACGUUAAUUGUACAUAAUUCAUAUAUCUGAGUCACCUGAGUUUUGGUUUUGAUCGGACCAGGUACCGUGUGUAUUUGGACAGGUGUAAGACAGGUAAAUUACAGGUAUGAGUAUGAUGUGUACCGGAGUUUUGCUGUUGGUCAUCUCCAGGCAAACUGUAUAUAGAUGGACAGGUAUUUUACAGGUGCAAGAAGUCUACCUUGGCCGUGAUCGGAACAGGUGCUGACAGGUGGUCUCUUGUAAUUAACCCUAUUCUUACCUGUGCGUCGUAACCAAUGUGCUUAAGUUAUCAUGUUUUCAGAAAAGACAAAUAGCUUUAUUUUCUGAUCAACUUUUACCUGAGUCAUCUUGUAAUUAACCUUUCCAUUGCCUGAAACUUGAUGUCAUUGUCAGUAUGCUUAAAAUAAUAUAGACGAUUUAAGAGGAGCUAUUGCCAGGUGAGUGAAUCCAAUUAACCUGAAUUCACUUGUAAUUAACUUAUCUUAUGUUUAACUUAUCUCUUACCUGAAGCCUUACCUGUGAAUCGUUACCAAUAUGCUUAAAAUAACGUAUAUGAUAUAAGAGUAGCUAUUGCCAAGUGAGUGAAUCUUCCAAUUAACCUGAAUUCACUUGUAAUUAACUUCUCUCUUACCUGAAGCCUUACCUGUGAAUCAUUAUCAAUGCAUAACCAACAUACGGUGUAGGAACAGGUACUGACAGGUAAACUAGUGUAUUGUAAUUAACCUGUAUUUCCUGUACCUGUUUUGUUAUCGCUCAGCUUAACUUAUUUAUUCCCAUUUAAUGCAAUAUAUAACUCCCGCCUAUGCAAACUGGUGCCUUCAGAUAACGUGAGUCAGGGCGUUAGAAAGACAAGGUGUGAUAAGCAGUCACGAGUCAGUCUUUCACCUGCAGACGCUUGUGUGUAAUAAAUGUUGAAUAUU